AUGUGUAAAUACUGUUCAAAAAUUUAUCCAUCGAAAGGGGGUUGGAGAUAUCACGUUCGUACGACACACGAUGAAAAUUACCGACCUUUUCCAUGCGAAAUAUGUCGAAAAUUAUUCAAAGUGAAAAAAAAUUUACAAUAUCACGAGAAUUCGGUUCACCGUCGUUUGAAAUUACAUUUAUGCGAUUUGUGCGGUAAACGUUUCGCGUCUAAACACGGUUUGAAAAUCCACAAAAUAUGUCACGGGGGUGAAAAAAAUCAUCCCUGCGAUGAAUGCGGUGCUAAAUUCGGCACGAGGGGAAAAUUAAAUUCGCAUAAGAGCGUACACGACGAUCGGAAAAGGUUCAUGUGUCACGUUUGUCCCAGGAAAUUUCGUUUGAAAAAGGAUUUCGAUAUACACGUGAGAACUCACACGGGUGAAAAACCUUUUAAAUGUUCCACGUGUCAUAAAUAUUUCUCAUCGUCGACGCACGUGAAAAAACACGAAAAUAUUCACCUUAAAAAAAAAAAAAAAAUGGAGAAACGGGAGGAAAAAUGA